CAAAACGAAUAACUUUUGAGGAAGAGCUGGGAAACUAUUUGGAUCAUAGACCUACAUAAUUUCCCUAAUACUCCAUGAAUGUAUUGGAAAUACUCCCAUUUAUGCAGGAUUGGGGCCUUCAAUCAGCAAAACAUCGAAGCCAAAGGAAGAUGUGAGAUUUGGCCUGAUUGAAAUGAUCAGUGUGUUGGAAAAUUCGUCUUCAAUCCGCAACUUUUUGUUCGACUUGGACUUUCAACUGAACAGCACUGAUAAUGACAACACCAUCGAUGGCUACAUUGAGAUUUGCUUUCCAUUAGCCAAAUAUCUGCAAACUCUGCACUGGAUCUACAUGGCUGCGAUCAUCAUUGUGGGACUCGUGGGCAAUUUUCUGUCGUUUUUGGUUCUGCUGAUCAGCGAAUUGAAGUUGCGUAGCUCCAGCUACUACUUGGCUGCCUUGGCGGCCUCGGAUUUCGGCUUCAAUCUCAUUCUGCUCUUCAAAAUCGUCAGCUUCAACGAAAUCCUCAAUCUCUUCAACGUGGAAGGUUUCUGCCAGUUCUUCACCUACUCAUCAUCAGUGUGCGCUUUCCUCAGCGUCUGGCUUACGGUCGGGUUUACCACCGAACGAUUCAUUGCUGUUCGAUAUCCGUUGCAACGCCAGUAUAUUUGCACAGUAUCUCGAGCGAAAUCUAUAGUUUAUGGAAUCAUCGGAGUGGCUUUGGUCACACAAAUUCACAUAUUCUGGAUGGCUGGACUAACAAACGAGGACGGAAAAUGGCCGGAAUGUGACCUGAAACCUUACUAUAUCCAAAUAGGAAACAUUAUCAACUGGAUUGACACAAUUGUAACGCUCUUAAUACCGAUGUUUUUGAUUUUGAUUAUGAACAUCAGCAUAGCCAAGGUGGUGUUUCGCUCGCAUAAUUGGCGCUCUCCACAUGAAAGAACGGUUCAAGCGGGGCGCAUUUCAUUCCACCAUGUAGGCUCUCAGAGCAGCAACUCGACAAGAAAUUCCGAGCCGGAAUAUUCCAGUACCUUAACCAGACUGACGUCCGAAGAUUUCUCUUUAAGACGGCACAGACAAGCACGAACCAGCAGCCUGCAGGUGCAACACAACAUCAACAAAAUGCUCCUACUUAUAUCGUCUGUAUUUGUCGCUUUGAAUCUUCCCAGCUACGUUCUUCGCUUAGUAUUCUUCUUCGGAUAUUGGAACGAUAAUGUGGUGGAAUCGUUCUGGUGUGCACAUCAACUGUCCAUGCUUCUAUAUUACACCAAUUUUAGCAUAAACUUUCUAUUGUAUGCCUUUUAUGGCAAAUCGUUUCGAGCUUGCUUGUACAAAAUGUUUAGGGAUUUAUAUAGUAAACUGUGGUUUCAUGUUGUUGUGUAAAAACAUGUAAUUA